CCGGGGGGCGGCGGCGGCGGCGGCGGCGGCGGGGGCGGCCGGCGGGCGGCCGCGGCCGGGACGAUGACUCUGGAGUCCAUGAUGGCGUGCUGCCUCAGCGACGAGGUGAAGGAGUCCAAGCGGAUCAACGCCGAGAUCGAGAAGCAGCUGCGGCGGGACAAGCGCGACGCCCGGCGCGAGCUGAAGCUGCUGCUGCUCGGCACCGGCGAGAGCGGGAAGAGCACGUUCAUCAAGCAGAUGCGGAUCAUCCACGGGGCGGGCUACUCGGAGGAGGACAAGCGCGGCUUCACCAAGCUCGUGUACCAGAACAUCUUCACGGCCAUGCAGGCCAUGAUCCGCGCCAUGGAGACCCUGAAGAUCCUGUACAAGUACGAGCAGAACAAGGCCAACGCGCUCUUGAUCCGCGAGGUGGACGUGGAGAAGGUGACGACGUUCGAGCACCGCUAUGUGCACGCCAUCAAGACCCUGUGGGACGACCCCGGCAUCCAGGAGUGCUACGACCGCCGGCGGGAGUACCAGCUCUCCGACUCCGCCAAGUACUACCUGGCCGACGUGGACCGCAUCGCCACCUCAGGCUACCUGCCCACCCAGCAAGACGUGCUUCGGGUCCGUGUGCCCACCACUGGCAUCAUCGAGUACCCUUUCGACCUGGAGAACAUCAUCUUCAGGAUGGUGGAUGUGGGGGGUCAGCGGUCUGAGCGGAGGAAGUGGAUCCACUGCUUCGAGAACGUGACGUCCAUCAUGUUCCUCGUGGCCCUGAGUGAAUACGACCAGGUGCUGGUGGAGUCGGACAACGAGGUGAGGUCCCCGUCCCCCGUCCCCCGUCCCCCGCCCCCACCCCGCGGCCUGGGCGCCCGUGGUGCUCACGACUUCCUCCCGCAGAACCGCAUGGAGGAGAGCAAAGCCCUGUUCCGGACCAUCAUCACCUACCCCUGGUUCCAGAACUCCUCGGUCAUCCUGUUUCUCAACAAGAAGGACCUGCUGGAGGACAAGAUCCUGCACUCCCACCUGGUCGACUACUUCCCCGAGUUCGACGGGCCACAGCGGGACGCGCAGGCCGCCCGGGAGUUCAUCCUGAAGAUGUUUGUGGACCUGAACCCCGACAGCGACAAGAUCAUCUACUCCCACUUCACCUGCGCCACCGACACGGAGAACAUCCGCUUCGUGUUUGCGGCCGUCAAGGACACCAUCCUGCAGCUCAACCUCAAGGAGUACAACCUGGUCUGAGCCGCUGCCGCGGGGACAGCUCGGCCGCCGCGGGGGACAGCUCGGCCGCCGGCCGCCGGCUCUGCUCGCCGAAGAGUUGAUUUUGUUUGCAUAUUUUUAACAAAGGGUUUUUAUUUCACAGUUAUCAGGGGACCUACGUCUUUCUUUCUAUACACCUCGUGCACCUUCUCACCUGUGUCAGCGGCGAGGCCGCCUUUUCCUGGCCUUGACUCGUGGCUCGCUUUUUUCUAUUAAAAAAAAAAAAAAA